ACCUUGACGAUCUUUCUUCAAUUCAAUCUUUCAAAAUGGUGCUUAUAUCUCGCGGGUUUCUUUCUAAAUUAAAUCAAUUAUAACUAAAAUGUCGUACAAUUGAAAACAGCAUUGAAUAUUUAUUUUAGGAUUGUGCUUAAAAAAUUUGCGGUUUUCGUUUUCGUUUCGUGAAUUUUUAGUGUAAAAAAAAUCGACAUCGGUGUACCAAAUCAAUCAGUCUAUGAUGUUCAAAAUCUUGUUAUUUAAGGCGUCUUACGUGAGAUAAGAUGGGUGCUGGGAGGCUGUAGGGUGAGAGAUAUGUCCAACCUGUCGAGCGCGAAGCACGCGCCAGCAGAGCCCGCGCAAUUAGAGACUAAAAGGUCUCGUCGUCGCGCUGGUGGUAGGGCUGCGGCGCUACGGCGGGCUCCUUCGGAUUCUGACUGCUCGGGCGAGACCGCUUCGCUGUCCGCGGACAGUGCGGAGCGCGCGCCCCGGGCUCCGCCCCAGCCCGCGCGACAGACAAAGUCCAGAGGAAGUCGUCGACGUGGUAGCGAGUGGGAGGUCCUGGAAGGUCUGAAAGAUGGGCAGCGGUUUGAAAAGCGGCCCGAAGUCUUUAAUGGAUAUCUUCACAAAAAGAGGAAAUGGCCUCUAAAAGGAUGGCACAAGCGUUUCUUCGUAGUAGACGGUGGGAUACUAGUAUAUGCUCGGUCGCCGUCAGAUGUAGCGCGCGGCAGACUGCACGGCUCUGUGGAUGUCGGUCUGUCUGUCAUAUCGGCAAAAGCAAGACGACGUCGUAUUGAUAUUGAUGCUGAUGAGUUCAUAUACCAUCUCAGAGCUAAGACUCCUGAAGUCUUCAGGACCUGGUUGAAUGUUCUGAAGGCGCAUAGGUUAUAUCGUCAACAUUUAUUGACUUUUGGUGCGAGAGAAUCUGUUCCUAAAAUCCACGCGCCAUUAGAAGAUUUACCUACUGACACUCCGACACAUUGGUUAGCAAGGAAAAGGACAAGGACUAUAUGUUCAUCGAGUGACGGUGAUCGAAUCGAUUCUGUAAACUCAUCCAUACAAUCAAACUUGAUCCCACCCAAAGCUAUACCAUCUAAUACAACACUUAUAAACAAACAAACUAAUAACAAGGAAUUAACAUCACUUAAAUGUAUAUAUUCAAGAAAGAAAAACGAUUCAAUAGAUAAAAGAAUCGUUUGCUGUUUCAAACGUGUUGCCAAUUCUAAAGAAUUAGCUAAUAAUAAAAAUAAGGAAGCGAACAGAAAUCAUCCAAAUCAUGGUGACUCUGAUGAUGCAAAGAAUAAUCCAGAAGAAACGCUCAUGCAUACCACAAAUCUUGAAGUUAAAUCAACAUAUCUAGAAUCUUUAAUGAGUAUCGAAUCUUUAUAUUUAACAAAAGAGAAAUCAAAUUCUAGUUAUAGAAAAACAAUACCGAAUUUCCAAAUAAGUUACAAAAGGAAUGAAGAAAAUAAACGCGCUAAAACAUCUAAAGAUACUAACGCGGUUAAAAAUGAACCUAUAGUAUUUUGUUUUACUCAUAAACAUCGGUCUUGUAGAACUAAUGCUAAAGCCCCACUUUUAAAACGUAGUAGAAAAUCCACGAAUAUGGUCAAAUAUAGAAACGUGUUAGCCGAACCACCUCUCAAACAACCUUUGAAUAGAAGUAUGCUUUUAGGAAAAUAUAAAUUAAAAAUAUCACGACACUCCGAUGCGAGACCGGCCAGAGUUAUACUAUUAAAUCAAAACCUUAAUGAACCUAACGAGAAUAAAAAGAAUAUCCAAAAAGACGAAGCCGAUACAGAUUUUAAUAAAAUGACUGAAAAACUUGUCGAAACAGUAUUUGAAAAUUACGCUAAAUUUGAAAAUUAUCGAUCUGAAGAUCAUUUGAGAAGCUUCAUAAACAAAGUUAUAGCAGAAAUAUAUUGUUUUAGUUGCGAACAGAUAGAUGACCAUCCAGUUAAAGCGCUAUUCAAAUGUCUUCUUGAAUACUGGAUACAAAAUAGUUCGUUCCCACAUUUAAAAGAAACCAUAAAAACUGUUAAAUCUAUAAGCAAACCAUCAAACUAUUAUUUUACUAAAGACAAAAACACAUCAAGUCUUUGCGUACAAAAUCAAAGUAAAGAAACACAAUGUCACGAUUACUAUGAUAUUUUAAGAAAGAAAAAAUCUAAACAUUCAAUAAUCUUCAAUCCAAUUGGAUUAAUAAAAGUACCUAAAAAGGAAAGCUUUAAUAAAGAACAAAAGAUACAGGAAUUAGAAAGGAUGAUAAAGAACACUGUCUAUUACUGCGACAACACACUAACAGAGCCUAAAGAUAGUAAACAAGAUGAUAUUAAAAUAACGAAAAUUUUAAUUGAAAAUAUUGGCAAAGGAUACCCUGAUCAAUGUACAAAUAAAUUCAAUAAGAUACCAAAUGAAUGUGAAUUAAUUGAAUUACAAAAAGUAAUAAACUAUUUACUUAGUGAAACAUCACUUCCAGUUGAUAUGGCAAGAGAGAUUUUCAAAGCGUAUUUAAAUAUCCUUAAAAAUGAUAGCAUCGAUGAUAUGGCUAGCAGUUUGUCUGUAGACACUCCUAAAAAUAUUGAACCUAAAUCAUUUCAUUGCGACGUCUUAACUGAUUGUGUACAAAAACAUAUAUCCAAAAACAUAAUGACGCAAAGUUUUCAAGGUUCUUUUAACGAACAUUUAUCCGUAAAUAAUUUUAGUGAGAUAUAUUUAUAUAAUGUUUUAAACAAAAUAACUUUUAAAACGGACAAUGUUAAAAUACCAUGGGAUCGUGACACGCAAAAGGAAAAAAUCAAAGAAGCUAUGGAUGAAUAUAGACAAUUUAAAAAUGGAUCCGAAUUUAAAAUACAAACAGAUAAAAAUGAAAUUAAUAAAAACAGAUUUUUAUAUCUAUCGCAGUAUAAUCUAGAACAUAAUACAACAGAUAAUAUACCACUGGUAAAAGAGAUGAUGUCAAUAUCAAUAAAUCUAGAUGAUAAAACAGAAAUUUCUAAACCAAACUAUAUUUUGCAGGACAAUUGUAAACCAAAUGUCCCACAACCUGUACUACCAAUAUUCGAUUAUAAAACUAAUUCUGAUAGAUUUACAACAGUUAAUUCUACAGCAAAUUACAAUAUAAACCCUUAUUUAGAUUUUAACUGUAAUGCAUAUGAUAAUAUAAGUAUUAAACCAUUUUGUAGCAGUGAUACUUUAUCGAAGACAUGUUUUAAGAAAAUGUAUGAGAAAAGAUGGGAUAUUAAUGAUAUUGCUUACGUCGUAAGUGAUUUAAACAUGACUAGACUAUCUUCAGAUAAAGGAAAAUCUAAUGAUUUAACUCUUGAUGAAAAUGCUGAUAAUAUACCAAAUACAUCGAAGAAUACAGAAGAAGUAGAUUUUAAAGAAGAUAAUAUAUGUAUUUCUGGUGACAAAAAAGAUGAUUUAUAUUCCUUAAAAAGUAAAUUGUCAGACAUAAUUGAUGAAGAAUUUAAAAAGUUAUUAUUAAACAAAUUAAGUAAACUAUCGGAAACUAUACCACCCUUGCAUGAAGAUAUAUACAAAUUAUAUCAUAAAAUUUUGCAAAAAUAUGACAAAAUUGAUAUUAAAAAAUCCACAGAAAUUAACAAUAAUGAUGAUAACUCGAAAAAAGAUAUGGCUAUUCAAUUUGAAAUAAAUCCAACCAAUGAAGGAAAUAUAAAAAAUAACGCAACCGUAAACACGACCAGUUUUACGACAUUAUUAAAAGAAAAUAAAUUUAUCGAUGACAAAGCUGAAAAUAGUCAAAUUAUGGACAAGAAAUUAGAAUUAGAAAAUACUAAAAAAACAACAGAACUUGUUAAUAAAAAUGCCGAAGUAAAAGUUACAGUACUAAAGGAAAAAAGAAGUAAAGCUGUGUCAAAUCAAAAAUUAUACAGAUUGAAAUGUACACGAGAUUUUACAAUGAACACGCCAUUUAAAUUUAGAAAAAAUGAAAAAAAUAAACGUACAAAUAUUAUAGUGACAUUAAAAAAGAAAUCACCCCAUAGAUUUGAUAACAGAGUAUUAAAAAAUUUAAGAAAAAACUUAAUUAAUGACAAUCAAAAAUCGAAAACAUCCAAUCCUAGCAAUGCUCAUGAACUUAAAGAUAAAUUAUCGAAGGAUUAUAAAUUUUACCAGCAAUACUUUAAUAGCAAAUAUAAUAUGAAAAAGUACAGCUCUAUGCUAACAUCUAACACUAAACUGGUCAGUAAUGGAGACCUAAAGACGUUGUAUCGAUGUUCCAGUGAUCGUUACCAUAAAUCUGGGCUGGUUAGCCCGACGGGUGCGCCCCUACGCGGCCCGCAAGCCGGCUUUGUGUCCGGCACCCCUGGCGGACGAUUGGCUACUUGGAUUAUAGAUUCCGGUGGUCCACUAGAGAAUGCAUCUCGAGAGCUUGGACAAGCACAGCUGUCUGUGCAGCAGCUGCAGCGACUGCUGGAUGCACUUGAAAUGCAGCAGCAGGUGCAUCAUGAUACUGAUGUAUCACUGGAAGGUGCAUCUCCUAAUGUAAAGAAGGACCGACGUAAGUUCGGUUUAAGAAAAAAGAAAUCAAAUAGCAAAUGCGCUUCCGUAGAACUACAGCCUCCACAUAUUGAUCCAUCUAAUUCUCAUAUGGCUCUGUCAGCACUGACAGCUCCCCCCUCCCCCGGAGGUGGUGCUUCCUCCAUUCCCAACUCUGCGGCGUCUCUGCCCAUAGCGUGUGCGGCAACACGGCCGCAGUCGCUGCCGGGGGCGGAGGCGCUGGCUACCACUGGAGGCGUUUCCCUCGCCAGUCUCACACCUGAUCAUCAGAUCAGAGAAGAUUUCACAGUUCUCGCCAAAGAUCUGGUGGCCAGCUUGAAAGGGAUAGUCGCUACAUUGGUGUGCGAGCGAGGCAGACUGCGCGCGGUGGCGGAGGCGGGCGAGGGCGCGGGAGGGGCGAGUCUCGCCGCGCUGCGCUCCAACCUCUCCACUGCAUUGCAUCAGAACUCCGUUUACAACACAGAGCUGCGCUCGCGUCUCUCCCGGAUACACGACGCGUCAGACCUCGCUGAGAUAUCCUCUAUGGGACAUAACUCGGAACAGACUCGUCAGUUCCAGCAGUCCCUGAGUUACAGCUCGUCUUGUGUGUCAGCCUCGGAGUUCUUCGAUGCUGAGGAGCAUGAGGACUUGAAGCCGGAGAUCAUUGAUGCUGACGAGGGCGGUGUGAUAGAGCUGGACGGGGACUCGUCCUCGGAGGCGGGCUCUCUCAGCAGCGAGGAGGGGUCCGCCAGCUCCGACAACUCUGAGGCCCCCAGUCAGUUGGUGACAGCGGAGCCUGUGUCCCUGCUGAAUACAAACGGCGGUGUGUGUGUGCGGGGGGCGGUGGGUGAGGGGUGGUCGCGACGCACCCGCCUGCCCAGUCCCCGCCCCACACCCGGUGGUCCCAGCCUCUGGAACCUGCUCUAUAAGAACAUAGGCAAAGAUCUCAGCCAGAUAUCUAUGCCGGUUACAAUCAAUGAACCGCUUAAUAUGCUGCAGAGGUUAUGCGAAGAGCUAGAAUAUUCAGAAUUGCUAGAUCUAGCAGCUAACAGUGAGAGCGGUGUGGAGCGCAUGUCUCUGGUGGCUGCAUUUGCGGUGAGCGCGUACGCGGCGACCGCACACCGCGCCGCAUCUAAACCCUUCAACCCUCUACUGGCAGAGACCUACGAGUGUGUCAGAGAGGACAAGGGCUUCAGAUUUGUUGCUGAACAGGUGUCGCACCAUCCCCCCAUAUCUGCGUGCCACGCGGAAUCAGCUCGCUGGAGUUUCUGGCAGGAGGCGCGCAUCCGCACCAAGUUCUGGGGCAAGUCUAUGGAGUUCCAGCCUGCAGGCCGCGUGCACGUGCGUCUGCAUACCACUGGAGACCACUUCACAUGGAACAAGGUGACGACGUGUGUGCACAAUUUGUUCGGCGGACAGCGCUGGGUGGAUCAGUACGGCGAUAUGCACAUCGCGUGCACCGGCACAGACAUCACCUGCAAACUCAACUUCGUCAAGGCAAGUUCGUGGUCGAGCAGCCGGCACGAGGUGCGCGGUGCAGUUUCCUGGUCCGGAGGUCGGCUGCGUCUCGCCGGCCGCUGGUCAGAGACCCUCACUGCAGGAGACCCGCCUAAAGCCAGGUGUCUCUGGAGACCAGGUGCGAUGCCGCCGGAGCACGAGGAUUAUUACGGAUUCACGCGAUUCGCCAUGGAACUGAACGAACUGGAGCCCGGCAUGAAGGAUGUGCUGCCACACACAGAUACAAGGCUUAGGCCGGACCAGCGCGCGCUGGAGGAAGGUGAUGUGGACAGAGCGGAGCAGCUGAAGCACCAGCUGGAACAGGCGCAGCGCGAGCGCCGACGUGAGGCACCAGACCACACGCCCGCUUGGUUCCGAAAAGUGACAGAGGGUGGCGAGGAAGUUUGGGUGUUCACAGGAGAGUACUGGAAGGAGCGCGAAGCUGGCUUCCCCGGACUGCGCGUGCCUGCCAUCUGGUGACCGCGUCUCGCUAUACAUCGUAUACCGGCUUGCGAGCUACUCUGCUAGCUUCUUAGCUUCGGCACACGAAUAUAGCCUCUAAUAUUUCUUAACUAUUCCUUAUAUUGUACUAAAUUAGUUGAAGACAUAAGGGCGAGAUUUGUAUAACAUUGAUUACGUAAAGCUUAUUGUCACAAUAGACACUGUAAUAGUUCCUUAGUACAG